CUGAGGUAAACAUAGGAGAAUGGCAUUGUUCGAUCAACCACUUCCAGCAGUAAUUUUGAGAAUUUUGAUUGUAGUAACGUUCUUUUGGAUGGCUAUUCAAGUCAAUGAUUGGGCCGAUGCCAAAUGGGGGAGGCUGAGGUUUUUUCCUGCUAUAGAUUCAAGCUAAACCAAAGACGACCAGUUUUAUUCCUGUAAAUUUUCCAGGAUUUCGACUUUACAAGAAAAUUUGUUAUAGUGAAAACGUAAAUACUAUAACGUGUUAGUUCUAGUUAGGACAGAAUAAAAUAAACAAGAAGAAAAACAAUUACUACCCAGAUAGCCCUUUCAUUAUAGAGGAAACUGUGACAUUCUAGUCAUUUAGGUGCAUCAAUAUGUGCCUGAACAUAUUUGCUCGGGAGUAUUGGUACGCAUUGAAACCAAACAUAUUCCAAAGUCAGAGAAGCGUUGAAUGUAAACAUGUUUUUUGGAUGAACGUUAAGUUUCAAACAUGUUCAACCAAGCUUGAAUGCAUGAACCUGGUCAGUAACACUCAGAAACACAACAUCUUCUACCAAAAGAUCAGAGACAUUCGUUAUAAUUUUGUCAUCGGAGGAGACGGAUGCGUCUACGAAGGAAGGGGGUGGACUACAGCACCAUUGUUGCCGAAACAGUUUGAUGAGUUAAGCAAAGAAAGUUUACUCAUCGGAUUUCUUGGAUUUUAUACAAUUGAUGUUUUACCAGAGCAAAUGAAAGAGGCUGCAAAUCGUCUUAUGAAAAAUGGCGUAAUGGGUAACUUCAUAAGUGAAAACUAUGAGUUCCACGACAUCCUUAAAGAUCUGAAAAAGACUGACGGACAAGGGAACGAUCCACAGCAGACCAGUUGAAGUAGUGUUUUAACACAUAUAGAAAACAUGGGUGGUCUUAUAAAGCAGGCCCAGUAAAAGGAGAGUCAAGGUCUUUGAAAAAAUUAUUUUUCGUCAUACAGCCGUUUUAAUACAUACAUUGUGGGUGUAAAGUAGCUAUUUUAUCCCUAGGGGAAAAACAGCUGUUAACUCAGUUUUAAAUUUCGAUUGUAGCCAAUCGCAUACAUCGAACAGUAUGCGUAGAUUUCCCUGUAAUGCACACGAGCAAGGAAAAAGGCGGGUUUAAGAAACAUGCUUGCCUAUUAAAAUAUAGGAUAAUGUGCACUAACACAAUCGUGAUAGAGGAAAUGAUUCAAUCACUUACUAAACAGCUGCUUGUUUGCAUUAACAAACUAGAAAACUAGAUGGAAGUAUUUUU